CUUAGUUUGCGUUAUAUCGUCACUUCCGCUUCCGCUGACUCCAGCUUGCAUCAUUUCUUGUCUGUCGGGGGCAGAUAACAUACGCCAUGGUGGAGCCAGUCCCUGAGUCCAUCAACUUUCCCUCUGAAGAGGAGAAGAUUCUGCAGUUGUGGAAAAAAAAGGACUGCUUCCAGGAAUGCCUCAAACAGUCCAAGAACAGGCCCAAGUACACCUUCUACGAUGGUCCUCCUUUUGCCACGGGUCUACCCCACUACGGACACAUCCUGGCCGGCACCAUCAAGGACAUUGUUACUCGCUUCGCCCACCAGAGCGGCUUCCAUGUGGACCGGCGCUUUGGCUGGGACUGUCAUGGCCUCCCUGUGGAGUAUGAGAUUGAUAAGACUUUGGGGAUCAAAGGGCCUGAAGAUGUGGCCAAGAUGGGCAUUGCCGAGUACAACCAGCAGUGCCGAAACAUUGUCAUGAGAUACUCCACCGAGUGGGAGUCUUCAGUGACGAGAAUGGGAAGGUGGAUUGACUUCAAGAAUGACUACAAGACUCUCUACCCAUGGUUCAUGGAGACCGUCUGGUGGGUGUUCAAACAGCUGUACGACAAGGGUCUGGUUUACCAAGGUGUGAAAGUCAUGCCUUUCUCCACUGCCUGCAACACACCCCUGUCCAACUUUGAGUCCCACCAGAACUACAAGGAUGUUCAGGACCCAUCUGUGAUUGUCACCUUCCCAUUGGUUGGAAAUGAGGAUGUGGCUUUGAUUGCCUGGACGACCACGCCCUGGACACUGCCAAGCAACCUGGCCCUCUGUGUUAACCCGGAGUUCUUGUAUGUCAAGGUCAAAGCACUUAUCCUGGACAAAUUUCCCGGCAAGACACUGAAAGGGAAAAAAUACAAGCCUCUUUUCCAGUACUUUGCCAAGUGUGGGGAGCAAGGAGCGUUCCAGGUGGUGAUGGAUAACUACGUCAAGGAGGAAGAGGGCACAGGAGUAGUCCACCAGGCACCUUACUUUGGAGCUGAUGAUCACAGGGUGUGCACCGAAUACAAGAUCAUCCAGAGGGACCAGGCUCCUAUCUGCCCUGUGGACGCCUCGGGCUGCUUCACUUCAGAGGUCACUGACUUUGCGGGACAGUACGUCAAAGAUGCCGACAAGAAUAUCAUCAAGUGGCUGAAGGAGAAAGGUCGCCUUGUCAAUGCCAGCAGUUUCAAACAUAGUUACCCCUUCUGCUGGAGGUCUGACACGCCCCUGAUCUACAAAGCCGUUCCCAGUUGGUUUGUUCGAGUGGAGCACAUGGUUGAUAAACUACUGGACAACAACAGCAAAUGCUACUGGGUUCCAGAGUUUGUGCGUGAGAAGCGUUUUGGGAACUGGCUGAGAGACGCACGAGACUGGGCGAUUUCCAGGAACCGUUACUGGGGAACGCCGAUCCCUCUCUGGGUCAGCGACGACUUUGAGGAGGUUGUGUGUGUAGGGUCCAUGGCUGAACUGGAAGAACUGACCGGAGUCAAAGUAACUGAUCUGCAUCGGGAGAGCAUUGACAGUCUGACCAUCCCGUCACGGUGUGGUAAGGGCGUGUUGCGGAGGAUCAAAGAGGUGUUUGACUGCUGGUUUGAGAGCGGCAGCAUGCCUUACGCCCAGGCCCACUACCCCUUUGAAAACAGGAAGGAGUUUGAGGACACUUUCCCAGCAGAAUUCAUCGCCGAAGGCAUUGACCAGACGAGGGGAUGGUUCUACACCCUGUUGGUGCUCUCCACAGCGCUGUUUGGCAAACCACCUUUCAAGAAUGUCAUUGUAAACGGAUUGGUUCUUGCUAGCGAUGGACAAAAGAUGAGCAAGCGCAAGAAGAACUACCCGGAUCCAGGACUGAUAGUGCAGCACUAUGGAGCUGAUGCCCUCAGAUUAUACCUCAUCAACUCUCCUGUAGUGAGAGCAGAGAAUCUGCGUUUCAAAGAGGAGGGUGUGCGAGACGUGUUGAAGGAUGUCUUCCUGCCGUGGUACAAUGCUUAUCGCUUCCUGGUGCAGAACGUUCAAAGGUUACAGAAGGAGGAUGACAUUGAGUUCCUGUACAAUGAAAACACCGCAAAGCAGAGUGACAACAUCAUGGACAAAUGGAUUCAGUCCUUCACACAGUCCCUCAUCCAGUUCUUCAAGGCUGAGAUGGACGCUUACCGCCUGUACACCGUUGUGCCUCGCCUGGUCAAGUUUGUGGACAUGCUCACCAACUGGUAUGUGAGGACCAACAGACGCCGUCUAAAGGGAGAGAGUGGCACUGAGGACUGCCUGUGGGCGCUGGAAACCCUCUUCAGUGUUCUGUUCUCCAUGUGCAGGCUGAUGGCUCCCUUUACACCCUUCAUUACAGAGAUGAUGUACCAGAAUCUACGUCACCUCAUCGACCCCGCCUCUGUUGAAGAGAAGGACAGCAGCAGCAUCCACUAUCUCAUGCUGCCCCAAGUCAGGGAGAGGGUAAUUGACAAGCGCAUUGAGAGUGCUGUCUCUCAGAUGCAGUCUGUGAUUGAGCUGGGCCGAGUGAUCCGAGACAGGAAGACCCUUCCCGUUAAGUACCCAUUAAAGGAGGUGGUAGUUAUUCACCAGGACCCAGAGGCUCUGAAAGACAUUCAGUCCCUGCAGAAAUACAUCCUGGAAGAGCUUAAUGUACGACAGUUGACGAUGUCAACAGACAAGGACAAGUAUGGCAUCCGUCUGAGAGCUGAGCCAGACCACAUGGUGCUGGGCAAGAGACUAAAGGGGGCCUUCAAAGCUAUCACUGCUUCUAUCAAGGAGCUCACCAGCGAACAGCUAGAGGCCUUCCAGAAGACAGGAUCCAUCCAGGUGGAUGGUCAUGAGCUUCAUGAGGAGGACCUGAGGCUCAUGUACACCUUUGACCAAAGCUCUGGCUCAGCAGCACAGUAUGAAGCACACUCUGAUGCACAGGUCCUGGUGCUGCUGGAUGUCACCCCAGACCAGUCCAUGAUGGAUGAAGGCGUUGCCCGAGAGGUCAUCAACCGCAUUCAGAAACUACGCAAGAAGGGUCAUUUGGUGCCAUCUGAUGAGAUAACUGUGUACUACCGCUGCCAGCCAGAGGGGGAGUACUUGGGCUCUGUGAUCCAGGCUCACACUGACUUUAUCCUGGCUACCACCAAGGCUCCACUGUUGCCCUUUCCUGUCCCCAAGACUGCCAGCGUCAUCAUAGAAGAAAAGACUCAGCUGAAGGGCUCAGACUUGGAGUUAACCAUAGUAAAGGGAUCUUCCGCCCCUCGGCCUCCUCUAAAUGGACCAGCUUGCACCUAUAUGAACGUCAGGGUGAAGGUCAACAACAAAGAGCAAGAGGGGGUGGUGCUGUUGGAGAACCCCAAAGGGGAUAACCGACUUGACUUGGACAAGCUGAAGAGAGUGUGCAGCAGCAUCUUUGGAACAAAUAACACCCAGCUCAGAUUCUUCAACGGCGGGACUGAGUUGACGAGCAAAAUGGACCUUCAGACUUUGAGUGGUAAAACUUUGUCAGUGACUUCAGGCUCUUCCUCCCCUGGCCCCACCCCCACCACCGACACCCUCCUGUGUCCUUAUGUAAACCUGCUGCUCUGCAACGCACAACCAGCUGAGGGCCAGACAGGAGAGGUGGGCACCCUCCUGGUGGUGAACCCAGUUGGCCAAAAUGGGCUCGACUACUCAGGCCUGCUAUCUGAGGCUGCCAAGGUUUUCGGCCUCCGCGGCAGACUGCUCAAACUCUACCUGGACCAGGAGCUCACUGAGGAGCUGCCAGCUGAUUCAUCAGUAAAAUCAUUAGACACCAAAACUCUGUUUGUGAGAGUUCUUCCAACAACUGCCGAAGCCUAAAUCCAGAGGAGGACAUCUUUUGGAACAUUUGUCUUAGAUGCCUCACAGGUUCCCUGAAUUAAGUUUUUUACCAGUAAAAUCCCAUCAAUAACCCCUUUGAUGCACAGUGGAUUUAUGUCAUUUCUUUAGAUGUUUUUUUGGAAAUCCUGAUGCAAUGCAGGCUUGUCUGUCAAGUUCACAACUGUUAAUCCAUGGAGUCACUAUCACCCAUGUCUUGAAAUAUCUAAAGACGACUUCAGGCACAAAAUGAGCCUGCCGAAUGAGUUCUUAAGAUUUGUUUUGCAAUGCAUUCCAAGAUGUGAGGAUAGCUCUUAUUAUUCAUCAUAUUUAGCCAAGACUUACAGUACUGUUCUCCCUUUUCCCUCGUACUGUCUUUAAUUUGUCUCCAAUUAUAAGUGACAGUAUCCUAAGAAAGCACAGUGUGUUGCUAGGCUAUAUUUAUUCUGGAAGGAGAGGAGAUUUACAUAAUAUCUACACUAGAAAGUUGAUGCGCUUCAAGAACAGAAUGAUUGUUCAUACACAACAGCUGAAUAGACCCGCCUGAUAGAUGUGUAAGUGUGCUCAUGGAAAUUGGGAAUUGUCUGAAGGAGAGAAAGAAAUGCCAAAAUAAAGAUUGCAGGGACCUGUCUAGCCAUCAGUAUUACCAAUGGAUGUUUUGUCUUUAUUAUGCUAAUGAUAAAAAUUAUGCAAGCUACUUCUCUUCAAGGCUCACUUAAGGUGAGCUUAGUCCAGAGUAAUUAUUGCUGUGGCUCAUAAUCGGGGAACCAAUUUGGCCUAUUGUGCUUACACACAAUUUAGAAUUUCACAGAUAAACCUGCUCUGUUCAUUGCAUUGAGGAUUUGACUAUUGUAAAGGCAUUUAAAAGGUGAAAUGGAUUUCCAGGCUGCUGUACCUUAAGGACAAAAAGGUUCUCUAAUAAAAAGAGAAACAAAUAUAUAAUGUACUAUAUUUAGUGGCAAAUGUAAUAAAUCAAAGGUGACUAAUAAUCA